AUGAUAAGGAAACAACAAGAAGAAUGGUUAAAGAAGAAAGUAGAACUGCAAAUGCAAAUGCAAAUGCAAAGUGAAGCAACAGGGGGUGUAACAGCUGGCACAACAAACGAAACUCGAUCUACAGUUAAGCUGGAAAAGUACACUAUAACACCAUUUACAGGGGAUUACAUGGACUGA